AUGCCUUCUAGAGAAGCCUUUGACUUGUACAACAACAUCAAUGUCGAAGCUCCUGCGAGUAGGAAGAGAGGAAGCAGGCGACACCGUGGGGAAAGCAGUAGCGACCCCUCCAAGAAAAGGGCUCGGACUAAGGAUCCUCCUGCACCACCAUCUUUCAAGGACACGACCCCUCCUCCGGCUCCCCUCAACCCGACUCCUCCAGCUCCCCUCCACUCGAAUCCUCUAGCUCCUCGCAACCCAAGUCCUCCUAAUCAGUCAGGAAAGACUCAGGCUGAGGCUAUCCUGAACACAGCAUACAACUUGGCUAACGACAAGCUGAAGAAACUAUCAAGACACCGGCGUAGCCAGGAAGCCUUCAGAAAUGUCUCCUCCAUGAAGAUCUACCAAAUUUUUAGCCACGCGCUAAAUGAAGUACUCAUUGGAGUUAUGACCAUGAAUAUUGGUUGGUGUCCCUUGGAGGAGAUUGUUGCCAAGCAUGCUGAAGAGAUCAAGACAGUCAAGGAAAGACUCGUCGAGCAGCUGAAGGUGGUCGAGGUCAGACACGCCGAGCAGCUUAAGGUGGUUGAGGCCAAACAUGCCGAGCAGCUGAGAGCAGCUGAGGAGAAAGCUGCUAAAUUAGGCAAGAAGCUGAAGCAACACCAGGAGGCCUUGGUUAAAAUCACUGAGGCCAAAGAGAAAUAUAAGGAGGCUUCGGUGCUGAAUUUCAAAGAGGCCUCCAAACUUCAGAAUGACUUGGAAAAGCAACCUCGAGGCAAACUUUGCUAUCUCCCAGAGCAUAUGAAGCAGGCUAUGCUGGAAAAUUGCACUGCUCACCUGGAAGAGGAGAGGAAAGCUCAGGAAUCCCCUGAGAUCUCUUUGGCGACAGGCAUUGAAGGCGUCGAAGAGGAUGAUGGGACCACAGUCGACCAGCAGCCCCAGCAAGAUUCUCCAGCUGCUCCUGCUGCUCAAUAA